UCCAAGUUUGCACAUCCCUUCGGAAACGCCAUUUUGAUUCCUCUCCUCUCCGGAGCAAGUUUGCAGCCUCUCUCUCCUUUUUCUUUUUUUUUUAUUUUGUUACUCUCUUCAUCCCCUUUAUCAUCCACCAUCUCCGCCGUUCAUCAUCAUCAUCAUCAUCACCCCCACCACCACCACCAUCAUCAUCAUCCUCGCCACGAUGUCUCGGCGCAAGCAGCCCAACCCCAACAAAGUCAAGCUGUGAGCAGUGGUUGCAGACACACACACAACAAACCCCGCCCCCUCCCGCCCCGCCCCGAGACACGAGCGAGCGAUCGUUGCUUUACGAAAAGGACGGCAGUCAUGGAAAACUCCACAGAGGAGCAGCGAGAGGAGAUUAACGAGGAGGAGUCUGAGCUGAAGGAGGAGAAACCGCACAGUAACCUCAAAGCGAUCAACGGAGUGAUGGAGGAGGCAGCGGGCGGAGGAGAGAAGCUGCAGAAUGGAGACCGAGGAGGAGGGAUCAUGGGAGCUGAAGGAGGAGGAGACCUUUCCUCCAUCAACGCCAUGAUGUCAACGGUGAUGUCAGCAGGGACCAUGAAUGGAGGAGGAGAUGAAGAAGGAGGGAGCGGAGUCACCUCAGCCAACUCCUCGGCCGGGCCGUCCCCGAGCCCCUCCCCCAACAAAUCGCUCACGGCCGCCAUGAGAGCCCCGCCCAGCCGCAACGCUCGCCGCAACCAGGACACCAAAGAUGACAGCUCAGCUUUUAUCUGUCCGCUGUGUAACAAGAACUGUCAAACACAACACAGCCUCACCAUGCACAUCAGACAGCACAACGCUGACACCGGAGCGACGGACCACUCCUGCAGCAUCUGCGGGAAGUGCCUGAGCUCGGCCUCGUCGCUGGACAGACACAUGCUGGUGCACAGCGGGGAGAGACCCUACAAGUGUAGCAUCUGUGGACAGACCUUCACCACCAACGGCAACAUGCACAGACAUAUGAAGAUCCAUGAAAAGGACCCGGCCAGCGGGCUGCUCCCCGUCAGCCCGCCCUCCCCCACCAAACGCCGCCGUCCGUCCGUCAAGAGGAGGUUGGAGGAGGAGAGCGGAGAGGAGCCGCCUAGCAAGAAGGUGGUGGAGGACGUGGCGGCGGAGGAGUUGGCGGCGGCGGUUCGAGGAGCGGAGGAGGAGCUGCUGCCCUGUCCACUCUGCUUCAAGACCUGCAGCUCCAGACUAGAGCUGGACGAACACAUGGACGCACACCCGGACACCGCACUGAGGUGUGAUCUCUGCUGCCUGUCUUUCCGAACCCACCGUGGUUUGUUGCGUCACAACGCCGGGGUUCAUAAGCUGCUCCCUCAGGACCCCAGCGGCCGGCCCUUCAUCCAGAACAACCCCUCCAUCCCCACCGGCUUCAACGACCUGGCCUUCAUAGACUUCUCCUGCAAGAAGUUCGCUCACAUCGCGCAGGUUUGGUGCGAGACAAACCUUCGUCGCUGCAUCAGUAAGUUCCAUCGGUUCGUCUGCGAUUGCUGCGACAAGGCGUUUCCCCUUCGCUCCGCCCUGGACCUCCAUAAAUCCAUCUCCCACUCCGACAAACCCGCCACCGCUGACACGCAGGACACGCAGGACACGCAGGACACGCAGCACACGGAGGACGAAGCAGCGGGUGGAGACGCAGAAAACGGCGUCGAGAACGGCGGUCAGGAUGUUGAGAAAGAAGCCCCGCCCUCAGAGCAGGCCGGCUUCUUGGAGUCGCUGGGCCUUCUGCACGUCUCCAAGGUAAAGUCUGGUCCCACAGACGAUGAGAUCCAUCAGGCCCACCUGGACAGCAUCAAGGUGAUCCACGUGGAGCCGCCGUCCUCCAGCCUUCCCCAGGAGCCGGCCUCAGCUUACCUGUCCGGAGGUCUGGGGCUGACUUUGGGGCUGGGCGUAGGCGGUCUGGCGGCCCUCAGCAUCCCGCUGAUGGAGGCCUCGGGCUCCGCCUCAGCCCUGCAGGGCCUCUCCCAGACAGACGCCCUGAGCCUGCUCUCCCUGCAGCCCUUCCAGACCGGCUUCCUCCUGCAGCCUGACGGGAGCGCCGCAACAGGCAGCGCGGGCUCGUCGGGGGUCAAACCCGGAGAGGCAGGGGGAGCCGGGAUCAUGGAGCUGGCGGACAUCCAGCAGAUCCUCAAAGUGGCGUCUGCAGCGCCGAAUCAGAUGGCCCUGACCCUCCCCGCUCUGGCCAAAGCUCCAGGAUUUGCUGGAGGUCAAGGUCAGAAGGCGAUGCCUCCGUUGAAGCCCAAACCUCCCAUCACCCCUCGCUCCAGCCUCACGGCGACGACUCCUCCCCCCCUCCAGAGCUCCCAGCAGGCCUCACUGGGCUGCAUCAGCCCCAGCCUGCCGCCUCCCAACCCGACUCUCUUCAAAACGCCCUCCUCAUCCUCCUCAUCCUCCUCUUCAUCUGGGAACGGAGGGCAGUUGGACGCAGAGUGUAUGAGUGACGCUCACACGCCUUUAUCUGAUUCGCCGCCAGCUGCUAACACCGCAGGACACGAGGAGGCGGGGCUUAGCGGGAGAAAGCCAGGAGCCAAAGGGGGAAACAACGCCGGCUCGGCUAAAGGCUUGUUCCCGUGCCGAUUCUGCGACCAGGUGUUUGCCUUCUCCGGCGUCCUGCAGGCUCACAUGCGCUUCCACCUCGGCAUCCUUCCCCACCAGUGCAACAUCUGCGACUACGUGGCUCCCGACAAAGCCACGCUGAUCCGACACCUGCGGACGCACAGCGGCGAGCGCCCGUACGUCUGCCGGGUCUGCCACUAUCCUUUCACUGUCAAGGCCAACUGCGAGCGCCACCUCAGGAAGAAGCACGCCAAGACCUCGAGGAAGGACAUCGAGAAGAACAUCAAGUACGUCACCUCCACCACUACAGCCAACAUGGCGGCGGCGAUCACUGCCGGACCCACCACCACCACCCAGGACAUGGAGACGGGCUGCACCGGAGCUGAGACGACCUGCCGGUUUUGCGGCGAGGACUUGAAGACGUACCGGGCGCUGCAGAUCCACCUGCGCACACACAACGGCUGCCAGAGGAAGCCGUUCGAGUGCCGCCGCUGCGGCGCCGCCUUCCUGGCCAAACGCAACUGCAUUCACCACCUGCUGAAGCAGCACCCCGAGGUGCAGGAGAGGGAGAUCGAAGAGCACAUCGCCACACUGCUGCCUGCCGCCGUUCCCGUCGCUACCGCCGCCUCUGGCCGAGCUGCUGCCGUGAGUCAGAUGGCGCUGAACGGGAUGAGUCCGCCUCCGAUUCAGGCGGUGAAGGUGGAGGAGCUGGCGAUUUAUCCUACAGAACUGGACCAGCCGCUGGACUUCUCCGCCAAGAGUCGUGGCUCGGGCAGCCACGCGGGUUCUCCUGGGGUCAAACUGGAGAGCGUGUCCCCCACCUUCGACUGCUCCGUCCUGGACCAGCCCAUCGAUCUGUCCAUCCCCAGCAAGAGGCAGAGGAGGGAGGUGAGCGCCGGACAGAUGAAGGAGAUCAAGACGGAGCAGAGCGGCAGCAGCAUAGUGGAGCAGCAGCACGCUCUGUCCAAGGAGGACAAGGCGGGCAACACCCUGCCUCCCCUGCACCCUCACCCCCAGCUCGGCUGCUACCAGCUCCCCCCUGGAUCCACCCCGCCCCCCGCGCCCCUCCCCAGCCUCAACAACUCCACACGAGCCCAGCGCCUCAAACCCCUGCUCCCCAAACCGGCCUCCUCGGCCUCCUCCCCUCCCUCCGCCGCCCUCAAGGAGCUCCCUCCUCUGGCCUCCAUCGCUCAGAUCAUCCACUCGGUCUCCGGAGCUCCGGACCUGCUGAAGAGAGAGGCCGUCGCCUUGGAGGGCAAAACCAGGGCAGCGGUCGCCGCCUGUCAGGCCGAUCCUGCUGCAGGACCCUCCGCUGUCCCGGAGACGCAGAGCGAGGACACGUCUGAGGGAUCCUCCAGUUACAGAAAGAUAAUCAAAGUUAAAACAUAUCAAACAAUAAAACACAGGAAGCGUUCCAGGAAGAAACCCGCUGCGCUGACGGUGAAGGAGAAGAGCGUUGUUAGCGGCGGCGGCAUCGACCUGGAGUCCAGCGGGGAGUUCGCCAGCGUGGAGAAGAUGCUGGCCACCACCGACGCCAACAAGUUCAGCACCUACCUGCAGACCGGCGCUGCGGACCUGGGAGGAAAGAGAGAUGUCGACAGAGCGGGAGGAGCGGAGGAGCGGGAGGGAGGAGUGAAGGAGGAGGCCAAGCCGGCGCCGGUGGCGCCGCAGUCCAAAGGAAAGAAGAACGCCUACUCCAACUCUGUCCAGAAGAUGACCUGCCCCUUCUGCCCCCGAGUGUUCCCCUGGGCCAGCUCCCUGCAGAGACACAUGCUGACCCACACCGGCCAGAAGCCUUUCCCCUGUCCCAAGUGCGACGCCUUCUUCUCCACCAAAUCUAACUGUGAGCGCCACCUGCUGAGGAAACACGGCGUGACGCACCGAACGCUGCGGCGCAACGGCGCCCUCGCCAAGAAGGACGGAGAUGAAGGAUCGAUCGAGAGCGCAGAGAGUCAGUCGGAGACGGAGCAGGUCGCACCGGAAGCGCAGGAUCCCGGCACUUCCACAGACUCGGGCUCCGCCCCCACGUCAGAGAGUCCCGCCCCCUCCGACCAGCAAGAGGCGACAACACCGUGCCCCACCCGCAAUUCAAGCCACGGAUCCAGUCCAGCCGCCAGCGGUGCAGAGCAGCAGGAGACUGAAACCACGGAGCAGCCGGACCAGCAGGGGGCGCCAGAGACCAGAGCAGCGCGGGGAAAACAGCCUCCACAGAGCAACAGCUCCAAGGCGGACAGCGCAGACGAUGACGACUGCCACAGCAACAAAAGUCUGGACCUGAACUUCGGCAAAAAGCUAAUCGACUUCAAGCUCUCCACGUCUUCAGGCCCCGCUCAGGAAGAACAGUCCUCCCAACCUGCCUCCUCCUCAUCCUCGUCAUCCUCGUCAUCCUCCUCAUCCUCCUCAUCCUCCUCAUCCUCUACCUCUGCUCCCCAAGUAGCAACAGAAAGCCAAGAGAAGGAGAAAAGCGGCGCCUCCUCCUCUUCCAGCAGCCCCGCGGUGAAGCAGCAGCCGGAGUACAAACACGUGUGCCGUGUGUGUAAGAAGAGCUUCCGCUACGCCACCACCCUCGCUCGCCACGAGAGGGCGCACCUCUCCGAGGAGACGCCGGCUUCAGCGGAGGAGAACCCGCCGGUGAAAGAGGAGGCGACGGAGAGCAACAAUGCCAAACUGACAGAGGAAGAGCAGAAGAAGGAGGUGGAGAUGGAGGAGGAGGAAGGAGGAGCGAGGGGAGGUGAGAGCGAGGGAGGAGACAGCGGGGAGUCGGAGGAGGAGGAGAAGGAGAAGGACGAGAGGAGUGACGAGGAGGCGUCCGAACCAAAGAGUUCAGAGGGAGGAGAGGCGACAGGAAGACGAGUAGACAAGAGGAAGAAGAUCUGCAACGUCUGCGGCAAAAGAUUCUGGUCUCUGCAGGACCUGACCCGCCACAUGAGGUCACACACGGGUGAGCGGCCCUAUCAGUGUCAGACCUGCGAGAGGACUUUCACCUUGAAGCACAGCCUGGUUCGCCACCAAAGGAUCCACCUGAAGCCCCGUGGGGCCGACGGAGCCUCGGCCGGGAACGACGACGCCAGCGAGGACGGAGACUCCUGCACCCCGACCCCGACCUCCACCUGCCCGCCCUCGGAGAACGAGAGCGAGUGUGGCAGCGGCACGGCGGGGGCCAAGGAGCUGGAGCUGGAGGAGGAGGAUGUGAAAGAGGAGGGUGACGGAGCAGAAUCGGCCGCGUUGGAGGAAGAAAGCCCCUCGAAGCAAGCAGGGUCCGAUGCGGAUUCAGAACCACCGACCACGGCCGCUUCUGAAGACCCGGACGCUGAGGAAAAACCUGAACUUUCUGCAAACUCUGCGACACAACAACCUUCUGUUGACACAACUCCCAGCCAACAAGCUACUGACACAAAGACUAGCGACGACUCUUCAGCCAGCGACCUGAAGUCGACGCCCGAAACAAACAUCUCCAAAGACCCCUCUCCCUCAUCCUCCAGCUCUCUGCCGGAGGAGUCCGUGGCAGCUGCCCCCGCAGAGGGCUUCGUCCAGGGGCUGCUGGAGAUCCACGCCAAGCCCCCUCUGGAGCACCUCCUGCCCAACGGAGAGCCUCCUCUGGUGGGGGCAGACUGAGGGGCGGCUCCCCUGGCUGUCUGAACCAACGUCACCACAGUGCCAUACGACGGAAAGAUGCUACACCAUUGAUGAUGAUCACGAUGAUGCAAAAACCAGCCCGGAAAACUUUUUUCAUAGAAAGACGAAAACCUCGUUUUCUUGAAGUGCCUUACUACUAGUCCUACUUCUAAGAGAUGUUUUUUGCUAUAUCUUUAUCUGCAUUAUUACAGAGGAUGGAUCUAAUUUUUAUAGCUUUUUAUGAUGACAAUGAUUUGCAUUACUAUUUUUUUGUGCGGGAAAUCUAUAUUUCAGCAAUAAAAAGAAUAAAAUUAUGAUUUAUUAUGGUUCUAGAUUCUGUUUGAGAAUUGAUGAUCAACUUAGGAGACGCAGAGAGACCGACAAUGACUGAGAAGGACUGUCGGCGUCUGCGUUUAUUCUUCUGUAUUUAAAUCACAGCUGGGCUCCGCCCACACGGCAGAGGCCGAACAAUCCCAUUUUAAGAUUUCAACCAGCUUUGGGUUUGAGAGCGAACCAGUCAUGGUGGGGAACUUUCUUUUUGUCCGCCAGCCACUUCUCCUGCUCAACCAUUUAUUUUUGGAUAAAGUCGAACCUGGAGGUGUGAUGGCUGGCAGGAUGCCAAAGCGGCUGGUCGGACCACGUUUCACCAGCAAACGGUGACUUCCACCGAUGGCUGGUGGUCGCCUCUCACUGCGCGACAAAGGAAGCUUUUUGUAACUGGAAAAUACAGAAAGGUCGGCGCCUCGUCGUCCUUUCGGCUCGCUUCCGCACCAAUCCCCAUCUCUCGGCUGGCUCAGAAAACACACAAAAAACAUUCACGAACUUGUCAAAGUCGCAUCAGAUGCUUGUGUGAAAGAGAACUCUUAAAAGGGCUGACGUAGUGAUGAUCAGUUUGUGUUCUCCAUGUUUGUUUUUUUUUUAAACCCAUCACACUAUUGAUCCCUUUAAAGCCACCCUGUGAGUUGGUUUGCGUGUUAAUAAUUUCUCAUUCAUAAUCAUUCUCAGUUGAUUCCAUGUGUGUACAGAGAGUUGAACAUGUGGCAUGUGAUGCUAGAGUAUUUCUGUUUUUUUGCGUGUGUGCGUUUAUCAGUGACAUUUAGGUGUAGGGAGGGGAAUUCUUGUGUUUUGUGGAUUUUUUUUAAAUAACUGAACAAAUCAAAUUUCUUUUGUUGUGUGAAUGCGAAUGUGUGUGACUCCCGCCUGUCUCUCAUCGCCCUCUAGUGUUCAUUUAGGGUUUAUUACUGGGCCUCCAGCAUGCUAACGUAUAUAUCGCCACUAACACGUGACCCAGGUUCAGUUUACCUCUGCUUUUUAACUGCAACCAUUAAAACAACAGAUGAGCAACCCUUUAAAUCCUAUGUCUUCCUAAACGGGGCUAGCAGGGCUAAUUCUGUGCUAACCUAGUUUCUACUGUGGGCCAACUCAGCGCUAACAAGGCUAGCCAAAGCUAACAUGUUUUAACUGGCUUAGCUUGCACAAUGGCGCAAUCACAGCUAACCAUGGCUAACUUGGUAUCAACAACAGUGAAAAAUAGAAAUAGCAAGUGCUAAGUCUGGCGCACACACGAGAAAGACGGCGCCUACUUAUAGCUUAGUCUUCACCACAGCGUGUAAAAGGGACGAUACCAGCUAGCUGUAGUUAUUAGCAUGUGUUGGCUAAACAGACAACAGCCACAAGCUACCAAAGGCUAACAGACCAGAUAACCGAGCUACCAAUGCCUUAAUUUGGUUUCUUUAAUUUCUCCGGUUAGCUAGCCCUAGCUAGUUGACCUUGUCACAGUGGGUCCAUAGAUAUCAACCACAUGCUCAAAAUACAUGCUAACCAGGGCUACCUGACGAGAGUAGACACGUUAACCAAGCUACCAACAGAUUAGCUCAGUUAACUAGGGCUAUGCCCUAACUAGCUCCAAGUGGACCCUAAGGUAUUAUCAACAGAGUAAAACAUGCUAGCUAGGACUUACUGACCAGACAAGUUAUCAAGCUAACGCGUUGCUAAGCUUGUUAACAGCAUGUCCAGCUAAUAGCAUAUCUAGUUAGUCUACUUCCAGUAUUAUCUCUGCAUCUUGAGUUGGCCCCGGAUCGCUUUAGUCCUGUUGGUCCCUAAUUAGCUCCAUCUUCUCCUAAAGUGAAAGUCCAUGUUAGGACCCUCUUUCCUGUUCCACACAUUAACUGAAUGCUCAGACUCCGUGUUGAUGUUCCAUCACUGAGGUUAGCAGCUAUCUGAAGACACGUGGUUAUGAAUUUGGCGGUAGAGACAAUCAGUUGUAAUUUUCAAAAGGAGAACGGAUACGUUUAUUAAACUAAACCCGUCAGUUGAGCCUCGGUAUGAUUUCCAGAAGGAGCUAGAUGACGGGGUGAAUGUGACGGAUGGUUGGGGGGGGGGCGUUGUGAGUGAACUAUAUUACCCUGCUGCACACAAACAAACACAAGUGAAAGGGCUUAGUCCACCCCCUCGCACCAACCGGCCAUUUCCACAACAGAAAAGGGAGGUGAUCGCUUAUUGAUCCUGAUUCGGCAAACAGAGGGGACGGGUAGUGUGUAUGUGUAUUUUUCUUUUUUUUUGUGUGUGUGAAGAUGAAUAUAGCUAAUUUUUCUUCUUGUACAUUUUCGUCUCUUUUGUUUAUUUUGUAUCAAGCAACCUCAUAAUCAAAACAAAUCGAACCUCAGCGGCUCAUAACGGAACUGUAAGGCAACAGCGACGGUCAGUUGUUGUGUCGGUCAAAAAGAAGUGAGAAAUAUUGAACAACCACAACUGGACUGGCUGACUGACUGGACGCUGCUGUGAACUGGCACUAACGACUUCCAAAACUACUACUACUACUUCUACUACUAGUACUACUACAGUGGAAUAUUGCGGCACAAUCAAUAGAGAAAGAGAAUGAGAGAGUUUCCACUGGUUCAGGACUCCUGAAAUCAGUCUCAGCACUUAGCAGCAGCGUGUUUGAAGACCAUUUUUCUCUCGAUCUAGGAUAAAAUAUCUCCGAUGUAGAGUGCCUUUACCUCUUCAGUCCCGUCCAAAUGGACCCAGGACUCUCAUGAAUCAACUCCAAAGCCUUUCGUUUGGAUCGAAAGUGAACUAAAGGAAGAUCUAAUGUCUCUUUUAUCGCCUUAACACACUUCCUCCCUCCAUCUUUGGAAGUAAAAGUUACGCAGGAACCGAACAUUAAAGAUAUAGAUUUCAUACUGCAGAAUGAGCAAUGAGGUGUUUUAUGUUUGGAGCAGACUGGAAUAGAGCUCUGGAGGAAACCUCACUGUCAUUCGUUAGCUUGUUUGCUAACGGAACAAUAAGUUCUUGCAGCUCUCUUAAGUUCUUGAACCAUUGAUUUCUGACUCAUAUUUGCCUCCAAACCAUGUUUUGCUUUUGCUGAGCAGUUUGUACUCCCACUGAGGAGGGUUUUUUAAAAAGUAGAUGCUGCUGCUCAGCUACUAGGGUUCGUUAGCUUCCUCCAUUUUGGGCUCUCUGUUUGCUGUUUUAGUUUAACUUUAUUGAACCGCGUUAACGCAAGUCUUAAUCGUGAAACCCCAAAAAGUAAAAUCCGUUUUAACGCUGACAUCUGCUGGGGAAGUCAGGCUACUACUGAAUGGCUAAUACGCUAACGGCCUUCACGCAAAGAAAGCGCUUUCUAUUAUUUACGACGUACGUCAUAAUUAUGUGAGUCCUAAUUUUGAAUUGCGCUGAAAUUCUGAGUUAUUAAUUUAAACUCCCAUAUCCGUGAAGAAACUCUCUCUUUCUCUCUCUCAGCUGUUUAAUGUUAGCUCUCUCUGUACAUCCCUCUCCCUCGGGUAUAUGUGUUAAUGUACGCCUGACUCUGUGUGUGUGCACGGCCAUAUGAAUACUGGACUUCCAUUCGAAUGCACAUGGACUGUUUUUAAAUGUAUUUAUUUGGAGCCCAGGUGUGUGUGUGUGUGUGUGUGUGUUUGUUUGGGUGCGAGUUGGUUUCUACAAUGACUUGAGAAAAAGCCAUGUAUUAAAAAUAUCACAUUUAUGCUGCAGAACUGUUUUGAGGAACUGAUGGUUUGUGUUGUGGACUAACCGGCUUGCCGUAGUGCGCGGCGGGCCAGGGUGCGAAAUCGGACUAGCAAUAAGAAUCCCUCUGAAUCCAAAAAGCUUUAUGUAGAUCUCCUGUAUAUGAGUUGUAAACGGACUGUCUGGGUCUCUUGGUUCUGUUGUUUAUUAUUAGUUUGGCUGAGAAAUGAUUUUUGUUGUUUUAUUUUUUUUUCUCUCUGACAUAUAAAUGCGUAUAAAACUGUGAAAAUCCAUUGUGUUCAGUUAGAGGGUGAGUUUUAGGUUAGUUAAUUUUUAUUUUUUUGCAUGUUAAUCUAAUUUGUUCAAUUAUGGAUGAUUUCUCCUUUCUCCAUCUCGUCUCGCGCUACGCAUAUAUAAAUAUAAAAAUAUAUAUAAUCUCGCUCUCAGGGUCUUUCACAAAUCCAUUAUUCGAAAAGCUUCAUGUUCUUAUUUCCUGAGUUGCAACUUGUUCUUUCCAAGUCUGGAUUAUUGUCUAUAUUUUAUUUUCUUUUUUUUUUUUUUUUUAAAUAAUGAUUCAGAACUGUCAAUCACUACAUUUAGCACUUGACUGUGAACUCGUCAUCGCCUAACAGAUAAAAGAUGUUGUCGUAUUUUGGUGUUUUAAAGCCUGAAUAUUGUUCCUCCGUUCUCCCCUCUCACUCGGACAUUUGGUUCAAACCUUUUCUGUUUUUCUGUCUUGGUUUAACCCUCGUGCAAACUUUCUGUCCUGUUCGGAGGUCAAAGGGAACGUAGGAGAGGAGAUUUAAAGCCUCCUCGAACACAAACACACUCAGAUGCUGGACCUCAAUCAGAAAGCAUUAACACGCAGUCAUGUGGAAAACGUUUUUUUGUUCUUUUGUUUGUGGUUGUGUUUCCAUCCUUCCUUCCAUCACCUCGUCUGUCCUCUGCUCCCCGUGCUGUUAGUAACACGUGACAGUGUUUCACAAAGUCAAGAGAUGUAAACCUGUUCUGUAUUCAACCCAAUAAGCAAUAAAGAUUAUAUUAAGGAAAGGUGUGUGAAUCAAA